GAGACGGCAACUUAGCCCACACAACUAAAACUAAGCCAUUCAUAUCAAUUGACAAUGUCUUGGGGUGGAUUCAAGAAAGCAGUGACCAGAGCUGGUCAAUCAAUUACAGUCAAAGAUGUGGAUAAAACCAUGGACAAGGAUUUCGACAUAGAAGAAAGAAGAUACAAGGUAUUGAAAACUGCCGGUACAAACUUACAAAAGGCAGUCAAGGGAUAUUUAGACUCUUUACGUGCUGUUACUGCCUCACAAGUUACAAUUGCUGAGAUUGUUUCCAAUUUAUAUGAAGAAUCCAAGCAAGGGCCUGGUCAAAAUAACAAUAUUGGAACUUAUUAUAUGCAAUGUGUUCGGGAAUUUGAUGAAGAAACGGUUAAACAAUUGGAUGGUCCAUUUAGAGAAACUGUAUUAGAUCCAAUUACUAAAUUUGCAAAUUAUUUCCUUGAAAUUGAUGAGGCAAUUAAGAAACGAGCUCAUAAAAAGAUUGAUUACGACCAAUGCAAGGCUAAAGUUAGAAGAUUAAUCGAUAAACCUUCAAAAGAUGCCGGUAAGUUACCAAGAGUUCAAAAGGAAUUGCAAGUUGCCAAGGAAAUUUAUGAAGAUUUGAACGAACAAUUAAAGAGCGAGUUACCACAAUUAAUUGCAUUAAGAGUUCCAUACUUGGAUCCUUCAUUUGAAAGUGUGGUUAAAAUUCAAUUGAGAUUCUGUACUGAAGGAUAUUCUAGACUUGCUCAAAUACAACAGUAUUUAGAUCCUGCAUCCAGAGACGAAUAUGCCAAUGGUUUAUUAGAUGGUAAGAUUGAUGAUAUGAUUGUCCAAAUGAAUGGAUUGAAUAUAACAUCAUUAGGUAAGAAAUAAUAGUAUAAAUAUAUAAAGUGUAGUAAACAAGCGAUGUGGUAUCCCGCCUUUGAUCCGACGCAAAUCCGGUUAAGAUUUCAGAAACAUUUUUUUUUCAGUCACAAAAUAGUUGGAUUUAAGCACGGUUAUUGUCUUGCCCAAAUUAAUAGAACAUUUUGCCCC